CCGACGUGCUUUUUAUCCCGACUCCACAUUGCGCAGGCGUGAUCCACUCCGAGGCGCUCGGUGCACAUUCUCCUCUCACUCGCACUUCUUCUUCUUCUUCUUCUUCUUCUUCCUCAUGUACAGACAGCAGGCAGGAACACAAACUCCCUCACGGCGCACUUUUAUUUCUCUCUCUCUCUCUCUCUCUCUCUCUCUCUCCGGAGGGAGUGUGAUGUGAUGCGCGCUCCUGCCGUCCCCUCCAAGACCGGAUCCUCAGUCGGUGCCUCCGCCACGCCGCCGCUCGGCUCGUGAAUGGCCCUGACAUGGAGGAAGUCCCGUUUCAGAAAGUCAAGACGCGGCGGAAGCGGAGCCGGCGCUGUCCGCCCGGUGUGCCCGUGACCGCCAUCGCGUGCGAGGACGAGUUCGACUGCAAGGAGCUCGAGUCGCUGUUCCGCACCUACAACCUGAAGCUGGAGCAGACCUCGGCGCUCAAGGCGCUCGCCGUGCUCGCGGCGCUGGCGUGUGCGCUCGCCGCGCUCGAGGCGCUCUCCGGCCCGGGCCUGGCCGUCGCCAAGGCGUCGCAUCCGGCGCACGGCGUCGUGUUCGCGUCGCUCUUCGUCGUGGCCAACGUCAAGUACCUGCGCGUGGGGCAGCUGCAGCAGAUCGUCAGCCUCACGCUGCUGUUCGCCUUCACCUUCGCGCUGCUCUGCUGCCCGUUCCCGCCCGUGGCGCCCGGUUCCCACGCGCCGGCGCCGCCGCCCGAGCACGGAGUCUGGCAGCUCGCGCUCGUCACCUUCGUGGCGUACGCGCUGCUUCCGGUGAGGACCCUGCUGGCCGUGACCUUCGGCAUCAUGGUGGCCAUCUCGCACAUCGUGGUCACGGCAACGUCGGUCACAGCCAAGACGCACAAGCUGUGGAGAGCGCUGGUGGCCAACACGGUACUCUUCACCAGCGUGAAUCUGUCCGGUCUGUUUGUGCGGAUCCUCACCGAGCGUGCUCAGAGAAAGGCCUUCCUGCAGGCACGCAACUGCAUCGAGGAGCGACUGCGCAUGGAAGACGAGAACGAAAAGCAGGAGCGACUGUUGAUGAGCCUCCUGCCCAGGAACGUGGCUAUGGAGAUGAAGGAAGACUUCCUGAAACCUCCUGAACGGAUUUUUCACAAGAUCUACAUCCAGCGCCAUGACAACGUCAGCAUCCUGUUUGCGGACAUCGUGGGCUUCACCAGUCUGGCGUCACAGUGCACAGCUCAGGAGCUGGUGAAGCUGCUCAAUGAGCUCUUUGGAAAGUUCGACGAGCUCGCCACAGAGAACCACUGCCGGCGCAUUAAGAUCCUGGGCGACUGCUACUACUGCGUGUCAGGACUGACCCAGCCCAAAACAGACCACGCCCACUGCUGCGUGGAGAUGGGUCUCGAUAUGAUCGACACCAUCACGUCAGUGGCGGAGGCGACGGAGGUGGAUCUGAACAUGCGUGUGGGUUUACACACGGGCCGCGUGCUCUGUGGCGUUCUGGGGCUCAGGAAGUGGCAGUAUGACGUCUGGUCCAACGACGUGACGCUGGCCAACGUGAUGGAGGCUGGGGGGCUACCUGGAAAAGUGCACAUCACUCGCUCCACGCUGGAGUGCCUGAAUGGUGACUACGAGGUGGAGCCAGGAAACGGGAGUGAGAGGAACGCCUUCCUGCAGAAACACGACAUCGAGACCUUCUUUAUAGUGCCGUCUCACCGCAGGAAGAUCUUUCCUGGACUGAUCCUUUCUGACAUCAAACCUGCCAAAAAGAUGAAGUUUAAAACGGUGUGCUACCUGCUGGUGCAGCUCAUGCACUGCCGCAAGAUGUUCAAGGCUGAGAUCCCCUUCUCCAACGUGAUGAACUGCGAGGACGGGGACAAGAGGAGAGUUCUGCGCUCAGCUCCGGAGAAGCUGCGUAAUCGGACCUCAGUUUCAGCCAACGUGACCCAGAGCAGCCCCGGCACACGGGUCAACCGCUACAUCGGCCGUCUGAUUGAGGCGCGUCAGACAGAGUCGGACACAGCUGACUUACACUUCCUCACGCUCAUGUACAAGUGCUCAGAGCGGGAGAGGAAGUAUCACCUCAUCCAUGACGAGUACUUCACCGGCGCCGUGGUGCUGUCACUAAUCCUCGCUGCCUUGUUGGGCCUUGUCUACCUUCUCAUCAUUCCACAGGGGACAGUAGUGUUGGUGCUGCUGGUUUUCUGCAUCUGUUUCCUUGUAGCUUGUAUCAUGUACCUUCAUGUCACUAGAGUGCAGUGUUUUCCCGGGUGCCUCACCAUUCAGAUCCGCACGGUCCUGUGCGUGCUAAUAGUGCUGCUAAUCUACGCUGUGGCGCAGGCGUGUGUGAUGGGCUGCAUGCCCUGGCUCUGGUCCUCCACCUCCAACACCUCUAUAGUGAUCAUAGACAUGGUGGGCGGAGCUAACCGCACCAUGCCGGAGCUACCGUGUGACGGGGUGCAGUACGCCUUACUGGCGUGUGUGGUAGCCACGGUUACCAUGGCGCUGUUCCUGAGAGUGUCCUGGCUGCCCAAGCUGCUCCUGCUGCUCAUGUUGGCCGUCAGCUUCAUCACCGUGCUGGAGCUGAGCGGAUAUCGCCGAACCGUGACCGGUGCGGGUGUGGGGUCACUGAACGUUCGCUCGUAUGAGCCCAUCCUCUCUCUGCUGCUGUUCUCCAGCGCUCUGGCCCUGCACUCACGCCAGCUCGAGCUCAAACUGCGCCUCGACUUCCUCUGGGCCACUCAGGCUGAGGAGGAGAGAGACGGUAUGGAGAAGGUGAAACUGGACAACAGGAGGAUUCUCUUCAAUCUGCUCCCAGUUCACGUGGCUCAGCACUUCUUAAUGUCCAACCCCAGGAACAUGGAUCUGUAUUACCAGUCGUACUCCCAGGUCGGCGUGCUCUUCGCCUCCAUUCCCAACUUCAACGACUUCUACAUCGAGCUGGACGGAAACAACAUGGGCGUGGAAUGCCUGCGUCUCCUCAACGAGAUCAUCGCAGAUUUCGACGAGCUCAUGGACAAGGAAUACUACAAAGACAUUGAGAAGAUCAAAACCAUCGGCAGCACGUACAUGGCAGCGGUGGGUUUGGUUCCCACGACAGGCAGCAAGGUUAAAAAGUCCACUUCGGCACACCUGAGCACAAUAGCAGACUUCGCCAUCGAAAUGUUCGACGUCCUUGAUGAAAUCAAUUACCAGUCUUACAAUGAUUUUAUCCUGAGAGUAGGUAUAAACGUAGGUCCAGUGGUGGCUGGUGUUAUCGGGGCUCGUAGGCCUCAGUAUGACAUCUGGGGCAACACGGUGAACGUGGCCAGCCGUAUGGACAGUACCGGAGUCCCGGGAAAGAUCCAGGUAACAGAGGAAGUGCACCGCCUGCUGCAGAACGACUACGACUUGGUGUGUCGCGGCAACAUCAGCGUAAAGGGUAAAGGUCAAAUGGUGACCUACUUCCUGGAGGGCAGGUCUCAAGGCGCGGGUCCGAGGGCACCUGAGCGCCGCAGGAGCACGUACGCAAUGGGCCGUGCUGCCAGGGUCGGGGUUGGAUCUGCACAAAGCUCCGCCCACAACCCCGCCCACGGUCGUCCUGCGUCUUAUAUUGUGCACGAGGAGGAUGGUGAGGAGGACACUGAAGAGGAGGAAGGAGAGGUUUAAGAUGAACAGGGGUGAAGAGGGAAAGAGUGUCAGUACGGAGCGUCAGAAACGGGCCGCUCCAUUAUCUUUACAGGAUUUUCUUCUGACUCAGUGGAGCGCCGACGAGCACGAGGCGUUCGGCCGCGAAGGUUUUACAAACUACAAGGAUAAGUCUGCGAUGAGAAAUGUGGAAAGAAGGAUCUGAACGAUGGAAUUUUGUCUUCCCUUUCUAAGUGAAUGAUCACCUGCUUCGGGUUUUAGCGACGGAAAUACUUUGUUCUUCUUUUCGGUGUUUAGAUUUCAAUCUGCACACUCGUCUUUUCCAAUCAGAGGCACGGCUGGGGAUUACAGACACCCUGUUUAGUGGGUGAUUUUUGUGCACACAUAAAAGGAACUCGUAAAGCUUAAAGUCGAUUAUUUACAAUAUUUACAUCAGGACUGAUUUUUUAUGUAUUAUAUGCCAAGACUACCUGAUCUGCUGUAAAUACUUAGAUGUUCUAUAAAAUUUGUGUACUUUUUGUAUGCUAAUCAGUGAGGUUGAGUGGAGCCGAGUGUGUAUGCAUGUGUUUCAGGUGUAAUGAAGAUAGCACAGAUGACAUUUUAAAAGCAAUUUAUCAAUGAAGCGAUAGGCUUUAUAGGCUUUUUUUUCCGUUGUUGUUGGUAAUUUCCGGAUCUUUGCGUAGCUGUUGAUUAAUCAGGGAGGGUGACCAGCACCCAAACUGCUCUACUUCAUUUGAUAUUUUUCAGGUUAUGCGACUUGCCUUGCUGCACCGACAACUUUUCUAACGUGAGAUUUGUGGAACUUUCUUAUCAGGGCACUUCUAUUAGACGUUAUAAACGGACUUAACACGAGUAGAUGCAAAUACAAGGACACACUCAGCACCAACGAGUUCAUAACGUCAAAGCUAACAAUGGACUAGGAACGCUAUAGACGUUCUCUGAUCCAUGAAGGAAGUUACGAUUACACAAUCUUCGGUUCAUCAUUGCAUUAAUUCAUGAAUAAAAUAAUCAUGAGUCAUGUAUCGCUGGUUUAAAACUUUGUUAACACAAAAAGGAAUAUUAGCAAAAAAAAGUACCAGUGAUGAUUAGCAUAUUCUGAAUUUUGGACCUAAUUUAGCUUUGUUUGUCUCUUGCUUUCUUCGAGGCAUGUUUUUGUGCUGGUCAUGAAGAAACGAAAGUGGGUUAGGAAAUAUUGGAGCGUACAGAGGGAACGUUUGCACUCCGAAGGCAAUGACGUCAUGUUGAGCGGAGUAUCUCACCCGUACACAGGUAUAUAAAGUCACAGGGUGCUUUCACAUCUGCAGUGUUUAUUCAUGUGUUCUCUGCCUCUGUGUGGUUCUUUAGACAUUUUGCAAUCACACUCAGACGUGGAACACAACAACCGGUCUGAGCGAGGUGGUCUCUUUCCACUUCCAAGUGAACCCUAGUGAGAAAGUGAUUUGACUCCGAAUUGAUUCGAUUAGAUGAAGUGAAUCAAACAUGCCAUGUGUUUUGGUCUGCAGUCAGGGUUGCCAUUUCUUAGUGAAAUUUCCGAAACCACAAAAAAAAUGGAAGAGUAAGUAUUUUUCUUGUUUUUGUCAACCUUUAUUCAGGAAACAAGUUCACCAUAGUGUGCACGCAUUUCUAAUUUGCAAUAUCUGCGCCAUGAACGUUAUCCACUCCAUAAUGUUAUUUCCAAAACAGAAAUCAUUCUGUACAUCACAGAUACACUGUCCACACUUGCACUUUCACACUGUUCCCUUCGUUAGCAGAAAUUGAUGAGAUUUAAUUCCAAUUAUUUGAUUUAAAACAGAUUUCGGAGGCUUUUUACUAUUUUAAAUCUCCCACGGACUUGCUUAUUCCUCCUACAACCUUGUUCCAAAAUCUAUAUCAGUUUGGUUUAAAGACGGCAACCCUGGCAACCCUGGUUACUGAGUCAAGCUGCUAGCCUGAGCCUCGAGGCGUAAACUGAGCCAAAAGACAGAGCUGUAGCACUGCAGAAAUGCCAUGCGGAGAUUCUGAAGAUCUGAAAGCACCCUUAGACAUUCUCAUUAACGUAGCACCGCAAUUCAGACACCAUAGAUCGCAAAGUAAGUGCCACAGAAUGUACAUUAGUAACUUUUUAUAUUAAUCCUCACCAGUACAGUAGUAACUUUAUACUAUACUAUAUGAUACUAUACUAUACUAUACUAUACUAGAACGGGACUGUAAGGCUGUACAGCUACAUGUUCUAAGUUGUUUAUGGACGCAAUAAGUUUCACUCUUGCCAAAUUUUUUGAAAGCGCAGUGUAAUUAGAAUAAACGGUUGUCAUUUUUAAGCAUUUGUCAAGCUUUUGUACCUUUUACAACUUUAGUUCACAGCUGAUUAAAGCUGCAGUACGUGAUAUUUUGGGAAUUUGGUUAGAUUUUCUGGUAGAAAUGGAAACUCAAUGAGUAUUUGAAGCGUGUAUGAGUAUUUAACAAGGAUGUAGAUAUCUGCUCUGAAAAUUCUGAAGAUAUAGAUGUCAUAGUUACACAGUCAUAAGGUUUUUUUUUCAUUUUUUGCGUUGUUCUUUUUUUGUGUAACACCUAAAUAACAUAACUGUACCUUGGGUGUUAGAAAAAUAUAAAUCAAACACAUAAAUAAAUCAAAUUAAAUUUCCGUAAUUAACAAACAAGCCAAAUAUUUGACCUUUUCAGCAGUGUACUCUUUCAAAUCUCUUUAAUUCCUGGUGAUCUGAUGCUCGAAUUCAUUUAUAGCUCAGAAACAAGAUUUAAUUUUUUCUUUAGCGCCACUGGAUAAUGGUGUUUCCAGCACGAAUGUACAUUUACUCUCCCUUUAAAUGUCUUCUGUUUAAUGCUGGUUUAACAACAGACAUUACAGUUUUUGUGCUUGAGGCCCAGCAUGCUAAAUGUAACAGAAGUGCUUAAUGAUAAUGGAAAUGGCAUCAAAUAAUGGUUAUUAUUGAACUUUUCAUAAAACUCAUUUUAACUCAUACACAUUUUCUAAUUAGCAAUCAUUUUUUCGAUCUCUAUAAUCACUCAUUCUAUAAUCUCCUGGUAUUUCGCUGUUAUUAGGAAAUGUGUGUGGAUAAGGUUACACAAGUAAGAAAUAAAACACUUAGUGUGGUGCUGUUACAGGAAAUUAAUCAGCAGUGAGGUGGGGCGAUGAACCAGAAAUAACCACAUGUCCCAAAAUAUUUUAUUCCUCUUAUACCACGGCAAUUUGCCAAUGAUUGCAAUUUUUUAAUUUGUUAAAGAAUGACACGUUACUUUUUUUUUUUAUCCAUUUAUAGUUACGCAUACUGUCGUGGAAUGCCUGCAAAACAAGUUAGUUCCUGUUCUCACUUACGUUAUAGCAGCUAUACACAGUCGUUCCCUCACCAGCGUCUCUUUUUUUCUCUUUCUUAAAGUUAAUACAACAAAAAACCUAGCAUGUCAUGUUACUGAGAAACCGGGAAGUGUAUAUUACAAAUAAUAAUAAUAAAAAAAACCUUCUAUGUUGACUGUUAGAAAGCACUGACACUGGAGACUCCUUCCGAAAAAUGUUAAAUAAACAUCUCCUUACAGAAUCCUUCAACAUAUCAACAGUGUAUAUGUUUUUAAAUCAGCUUAUUAUUCAUCUCAGAUCAUAAUUUUUAAGUUAGAAUGAUAACGUAGUAGAACGAGCGCAUUAAUAUAAUAAACCUGUGAUUAUAGACAGUUAAUCAACAUCUCCUGACCAAUCAGAAGGCAGAAUUCAGGAGCACUGUGGUAUAAUAAUCAUUAUUUGAUGUAUCUCUAUUAUCGUAUGUUGCUUUGCCGUAUUGACGCUUGGGUUUAAUAUGAUUGAUAUAAAUACGUGCUGAUCUCUGACAUGUCUAUGAUGAUUAUGCGGCUGAAGAACUGCCAGAAACUCCAUCCUGACCGCUCUGACAUAACCGCUUUUUUUUUUCCCACAGUAAUCUGCAUGAACUCUGUGUAUCUUUUAUUUUCUCUACUGAAUCAAUAAUGAUAUUUCUUUCAUUUUCUGACAAACAUGUUACCAUGUUACGUUUGGCUUGAUUUGGUUGACUGAACAUGGACUUACUGAACCGGCCACGAACUGCUUGAUCUCGUCUUUGACUGGACCACAUCAAUAAAAAUGUUUUCUGCCUUAUUUUACAAGCUAUAGUGAAUGAAACAUUUGCCUUGAAGCUAACGCUCUUUGAUAUGCAGAUGUACCGUUUGUAAAUGCAGUGGUGUGUGAAGCAUCUUCUCUACAAAGCUGAGCAGUAGAAGAUUUUGUAACGAAUACAGCAUUGAAGUAAAAAUCUUUAUCCACUGAG